AAGUAUGUGAGCCCUUUAGGUUUUGCUGUUUCUGGGCCAGAACAGCUCGCCAUCUUUGAUGAAAUAAUGAAUUCUGAAUGAUACCAGCAAAUUAUACUAUAUGCUGUACCACUCACCUGAAUUGUAAAAGAACGAACAUGGGCCAUGCACCAGGACAAUGACCCUAGUCCCAUAAGUGGUUCUAUCAAAGAAUGCUUACAGGCUGUAGGGGUCAAGGCACAGGAAAACUGAUUUUCCCACUUUUUAAAACUUAAUUCUAAAUGCACAUAAUUCCUAAAUUUAGAUUAGGUUUCAUUAACUGCUGCUUCAGCUCCUCCCACAGCUUUUCUAUUGGAUUAAAGCCAAAACAUUAAUUUAUUCGUCACAUUUUCCUCCGAGUGCACUGCGAUGCUACUUGGCAAUUUAAAAAGAGGCGGAGUCUGACUUCACAUGUAUCGGAGGAGGCAUGUGCUAGUCUUCACCCUCCUUGUGUUGUGGCAUCACUAGUGAUAGGGGGAUAUACAGCUGAGUAGCAGUUUAAAUGGGUGGCCAGAUCAUUUGGAAGAACAUGGGAAAAUAAAUUGAAAUACAUUUAUAUAUAAAAAGAGUUUUGGAGAGAGUGCUUGUUAUCAUGUUUCACUGCAAAACUUUAUAGAUCACUAAAAGACCAGAUAAUAAUGUAUUUAUAUGUUAUAUAUAUUAGGUAAUGUUAGCCUUAACGGACGCAGAUCUGGAGGCAGGUUUGGGCAUCAGUAACUCAAUGCAUCGCAGAAAACUGCGCCUGGCUAUUGAGGACUACCGACAGGCAGAGUCAGGACACGGACUGUCGAAAGCCGCAGAACUGGACCACCACUGGGUGGCACAAGCCUGGCUGAGUGAGGUAGGCCUUCCCCAGUACUCCCAGUUCUUCCACACGCACCUGGUGGAUGGCCGUCUCCUGAGCACGCUCACUCGCACUGACCUGGAUAAGCAUCUGCAUGUGUCCAAAAAAGCUCAUCAGGGCAGCCUGCUGCUGGGAAUCCAGCUACUGCACAUGCUCAACUUCAAUAAAGAGGUGCUUCAGGCCAGGCGAGCGGACUGUGAGAUCCAGAACACGGACCCUCUGGUGUGGAGCUGCCAGCGCAUCAUUAAAUGGCUCAGAGAAAUCGAUCUGAAGGAAUUCGCUGAGAAUCUUCAGAGCAGCGGGGUUCAUGGUGCUGUGAUGGUUCUGGAUCCCUCCUUUAACACGGACACUAUGGCAACCGCUUUAGGUAUCCCUGGAAACAAGCACAUGGUCCGCCAGCACCUGAGCGAAGAAAUGAAGGCCCUCCUCAGCUCUGCACGGUUAAGCAUUGAGCAGGAAGUCGAGCCUUUGGGAACUCCGCCCACUCUGUCCCGUCAGAGCUCCCUCAGACGCUCCACCAUCGGUCGCCAUGACGACCAGCUGUCCAUCAGAAAGCUCACAGCCAAGCCUCCAGUCAGCUUCAGUCUGAAGAACCACAGAGAUAACGGGAGAGAUAACGGGAGAGAUAACGGGAGAGAUAGCGGUUCUGUGAGUUCUGGAUCACUGCUGAGAGACGGUUCUGCUACAGAACCCGAGCUCCAGAGCCCACACCGACAGCUCUCCACCUCUGAUAUCAGUAACAUGUAACUCCAGCGCUUGGAGGGAGGAUGAGAUAGAAAAUGCUGAUAAGAUCAAAGGACUAAACUGAGAUCACUUCCUCAUGGAAAGAACAAACAACAGCACUUUUUGGUCCCCUAAGUGGACGCUGCUUCUCUGGACACGUCUGUUUAUUUUUGUGAUGAUGAUGAUGAUGAUGAUGAUGAUUGUGUAAAUGUUGAUUGUAUUUUUGUAUCGCCGUCCCUGAGGCCGAACUUCAUGCACAUCUUCACAACUUCAUGAAUCAACUUUGAUCAAUGAGAUAAUACCUGAAUAUGAAAAUAUAAAUAUUAAACGUUUCCAUUUGUACCAUUUGCAGUACCAUUGGGUAACUUAGGCUACGUUCACAUUACCAGGCUGAAGUGACUCAAGUGAUCUGAUUUUUUUGCUCAAUAUGGCUCAGAUCUGAUUUUUUCAUGGCUGUGUGAACGUGCCAAAUCAUUUUUUUUUUUUUUUUUUUUUUUUUCCAAACCAGAUUUGAGUCACUAAGUCAUAUGUGGUCCUAAAUCAGAUACGUAUCCAAUUCAUGGACAUGCGACAUGAAUGUGAACGGCCAAAUCUGAAUCUUCAUGUGUCUUUUUGUUUCAUAGCUGCUAAACAACAACAAAAAAAACAUUAAAAGCAAACCACCUGGCCUUUAUUCACCUCCUGGACCUGAGCAUGAACUUCAGACCAGCUGUUUACUGUUUCUCCACUCCAGCAAAAGAUGCUCCACAUAUGAGCUGCUAACUCAUCA